UCGGGGCGCCCCCCGUGCGCUGACGCUUCCCCUUUGCGCUCCGCCUUGGGUGGAGCCGCAGGAAGCGGCUGGGUGCCCGGGAGAACCAGGAGGUGACGAGAAAGGGGCAGGAGAUCUGGAGGGCCGCGCCGGCCGCGCGCCGACCUGCCCGCCCGCCCUGCACCGGUGGAGAGCGCCCCGAGGCCGAUGGAGCCGCCGCGCGGCAGCGAACGCGGCCCCACGCCGCCUGGCGUCGCAGCGGACACCGGCUCGGCCCCAGCACCAAACCCGGGACUCAGAUCCCGGCUCCUCUCGGCCACCGCCGCCUGAGAAUCUGCUGGCAGGAUGUAGACUUUCCUGGGUUAGAAUAAAAACAUUCCGGAGAUGCUGCCACAGGGCCCCCAAUAGUUGUCAAGCAAUUGAUCGAGGGCUGUUAAGUGGUGUUUUAUUCAUUUCAAACGGGCCGGACUACGGCUGGAUAGCCCCUCAUUUCGGCUACUCGUGGCGCACCUUUGUCUCAUUUUCCCAAAACGUGACCACUAGCCCGGUCUCAGCUCCAAGGCAAGGACAUAACAGCUAAGAACCAUAAUAAGCUAGGGCCUCGGAAAUUCUACCACCAUUUGAGUGAUGAAUGAAACAGUUCUGUGUGAUGGGCAAGGUGGGGUCCCUAGGCUGCAGCCAGACUCCAGAGCUUUGCGCUACAUGAAGAGGCUCUAUAAGGCCUGUGCUACCAAGGAGGGGAUCCCUAAAUCCAACAGAAGUCACCUCUACAACACCGUUCGGCUCUUCACCCCUCAUGUCCAGCACGACAAGCAGGCUUCUGUGGACCAGAUGACAGGAGCCGUGCCGUCAGUGGACCUGCUGUUUAACCUGGAUCGAGUUACUGCUGUGGAACGCCUACUCAAGUCAGUCUUGCUAUAUACUUUGAACACCUCAGUUUCUUUCCCCUCCGCUGCUAACUGUGUGUGCCACCUGGUGCUGAAAGAGCCAGCGCCUGGUUCCAGCAAGACACCCCCUAGAGCUCCACACUCCGUUACCUUUAAGCCACAGUUUGAAUUAAAAAAGAAAUACAAAUGGGUUGAGGUUGAUGUGACUGCCCUGCUGCAGCCUCUAGUGGCCUCCGACAAGAGAAGUGUUCACAUGUCUGUGACCUUGACAUGCGUGAAAGACCAGCGGCAGCACCCCUCAGCACAGGACAGUCGCCUCAACCUGGCACGCCCCUCACUGCUUCUGUACCUGAACGACACCAGUGCGCAGGCUCAUCACAGGUGGUAUUCCCUCCACUCUAAAGGGAGCCCUUCACAGGUUCCUGACCAGGGAGGUCUGCCUGCCUGUCCUAUAGGAGAAGAGGCUGCGAAGGGAGUGAGAUCUCCCCGUCACCGGAGAGGACAGGAAACUGUCAGCUCAGGAUUGAAGAAGCCUCUGGUUCCAGCUUCUUUCAACCUGAGUGAAUACUUCAAACAGUUCCUUUUCCCCCAAAACGAGUGUGAGCUCCAUGACUUUAGACUUAGCUUUAGUCAGCUGAAGUGGGACAACUGGAUUGUGGCCCCGCACAGAUAUAACCCCCGGUACUGUAAAGGGGACUGUCCAAGGGCAGUUGGGCAUCGGUAUGGCUCUCCAGUUCACACCAUGGUGCAGAACAUCAUCUAUGAGAAGCAGCUUGACUCCUCAGUGCCAAGACCAUCGUGUGUGCCUGGCAAAUACAGCCCUUUGAGUGUGCUGACCAUUGAGCCUGAUGGCUCAAUAGCUUAUAAAGAAUAUGAAGAUAUGAUAGCCACUCAGUGCACCUGUCGUUAACAGAUGAUCCUCUAAAUGAAAACCUUGGGCCUCUUUGGCAAGGUGAAUGCCCUGCGCCCAGCUGUGCCUUCAUGUGUCGAAUCUCUAAAUAUAAUGCAGCGUGUCUUGUAUAAGGAGGAGUCUGUGUAGAUUAGCACAUUCUGUGGUACCAGUCAGUGUAAAGGGACAUCUGCCUUUUUUAUUCACAAAUGUAAAUGAGUGUAAUUAUUUUGGUGGACUUUCCAUUUUUCCCCCCCUAAGCAGUUAUUUUUUUCUUUUCAUAAGUCUUUUUUUUAAUGUUAAAAACUUAAAGAGCAUUAAUUUUGAAUGGGAUUGCAGCUCUAAGUAGACAAUUCAGAUUGUUGUAGUCUUAUUUAAUGGAAGAAUAAAUUCCUGUCAGUGGCA